AUGAAGUUCGAGGUGCUGCAUCAAACAGGUCGAGCUCGACAUGGUUUACUGACCUUGCCACACUCAGCAGUCAAAACACCAGUGUUCAUGCCUGUUGGAACACAAGGAACGAUGAAGGGUAUUCUUCCUGAACAACUGGUUGCCAUGGACUGCCGAAUAUUGUUGUGUAACACCUAUCACCUCGGUCAUAGACCUGGUCAUGAGCGUGUUCGAAAGGCUGGUGGCCUGCAUAAGAUGAUCAAUUGGCCACGAUCAAUCCUUACUGAUUCGGGAGGAUUUCAGAUGGUCUCACUAAGCAAGCUAAUGUCAGUGGAUGAACAUGGAGUCAAUUUCGAAAGUCCGCACACAGCAGAGCAAAUGUCGCUUACACCGGAAAUGAGUAUUGAAAUUCAACAGGCUCUUGGUGCUGACGUAAUGAUGCAGCUGGAUCAUGUUGUGCACGUUCUCACCACCGGUGACGUCGUUGAAGAGGCCAUGCAAAGGAGUAUUCGAUGGAUGGAUCGUUGUGAGAAGGCCCAUACGCGCUCGGAUCAGGCCCUUUUUCCGAUCGUGCAAGGCGGGUUAGAUCUCAAUCUACGAAAGAAGUGCACCGAAGAGAUGGCAAAAAGAGCAAAGGGCGUCUUUUUAAUGAAAAUGCUUCCAUGUGGGCAUCGCUAUCGGUGGCUUAUCUGGCGGAGAAGAGAAGUCGCAAUUCUGGAGGGAGCUGAUAUGUUUGACUGUGUGUAUCCAACGAGAACAGCGAGGUUUGGAACUGCAAUGGUUCGUCGUGGUGGGCUGCUGCAUCUUAAUCAGAAGAAGUUCGCUGAAGACUUUGAACCGAUUGAAAAGGAUUGCGACUGCAAUACUUGUCAGACCUAUUCGCGUGCUUUUGUACACGCGGUUAUUAAUAAGGAGACAAUUGGCUGCCAUCUUCUGUCUGUUCACAACAUAAGGCAUCAGCUGCGAUUGAUGGAAGAUGUCCGAGAGGCCAUUGAUACUGGAAAAAGUGGGUUCGUGAUGCUGUCGCAUUCAUGGGAUACGAUAUCAAUUCAUGAUAGUAUACACUUAGUGUCUGUGACCAAGUCUAUGUUAUUUCUUCUGUCUGUUGUUGAUUUGACUGUUGCAACUGUUAACACCACAUGA